AUAUGCGGGUCUAUAAGAUAACACACAGCAAGCAGUCUGGGUGAUGACAGCAGAUCAAUACAUGUGUUCCAGCAGCGGCUGACUCAUCAUACGUAUUUGUGUAUAUUUUUGAGUGUAUUGCUACUGAUCGUGAUAAAUGGUGUUUUGAUCUACUUAUAUUUCUACUGACACGCAAAGCCAUGAAGUGGGCAGCAGUGGCUGUGGCUGUGAUAGUGCUGACGGGGGCAGCUGCCGAUAAUGGUCAUGAAGCACAGGAGACAGAAAAGCAAAGUGAGACUGUGAAGAGUAAUGAGCAGCGGAGACCGCCUAACAUUGUGAUCCUGGUGGCUGACGAUCUGGGUAUUGGUGACCUGGGCUGCUACGGCAACAACACUUUAAAGACUCCCAACAUUGACAGCCUGGCAAAGGGAGGCAUGCAGCUGACUCACCAUCUCGCUGCUGCCGGUCUAUGCUCCCCAAGUCGUGCAGCCCUCCUCACUGGCCGCUAUCCGGCGCGUUAUGGUAUGGUUGGGCAGAAGAACGCCCCUUCAGUAGUAGUACAAGUGGCCAGCAAAGUUGGUUUACCCUUAGAAGAAAUUACAUUAGCUGAGGCUCUCGCAGCUGCAAAUUAUACUACUGCUGCUGUGGGCAAGUGGCAUCUGGGCUCAGGGUGUGGCCUCUUAGGAAAGGGCUGCCUGGCGGCACAGCAGCAUGGCUUCCACCACUUCUUUGGCCUGCCCCUCACCCUCCUUAACGAUUAUGCCUCCACCCAGCCAUUCUUCUACUUUCCCUGUGAUGGUUCAGAUCCUUUCUACCAGAUCUUGCUGACAGUGGCUGUGGUGAGCGUGGUGACCCUGUGGUGGCAAUGUGGUCGACACCCACUGCUUCUUUUCAUAUGUUUCUGUGUGUUAAGCACAGUGUUUAGCAUCACAUGGUUCUUCUAUACACACUACGGGUUCCAUACUGACAAAUGGUGGAAAGUGUCUCCAUGGAUGAACCGCCACCUCAACAAUAUCCUGAUAGAGGAUGGAGUGGUAUUGCAACAACCAGUGAAACUAGAGGGGCUUUCUCAGCAACUGGCCAGUCAUUCAGUCGGACUCAUCGCCAAGUAUGCCAGGGAUGAGCAGCCUUUCUUCCUCUACCACUCAUUUGCUCAUGUCCACACUCCAAUGUUCACAGUCCCUCAGAUGGCAGGCAGGAGUGCUCAAGGAAGGUAUGGAGAUAAUGUGGAGGAGAUGGAUGCAGCACUGGGUGAGAUCCUAGCAGCCCUCCAUGAACACAACCUGGAGGACAACACAAUUGUGUACUUUGUCUCGGAUCACGGUGCCCACUUGGAGGCCAUUGAUGAGGAUGGCCAGCGCUCGGGGGGCUACAAUGGACUCUUCAAAGGGGGAAAAGGCAUGGGAGCGGCUGAGGGUGGCAUCAGAGUGCCGGGCAUCUACCGCUGGCCUGGCCACAUCCUGGCAGGAGUUAAAGUGGAUGCCCCAACCUCCCUUCUGGACACUCUCCCUACUAUUCUGGAACUUGCUGGCCUGCCUCCCCUCCAUGAGUUGCUACCCCACCUCCCCUACAGGGAACUGGACGGGAUGAGUAUUACUGACGUCUUGACCAAGAAUGCACACGCUCCUUCCCGCACCUUGAUUCACCACUGUGAUAGAAACAUCCAUGCCCUCCGUUUCAUAUAUGAGGAAAAUGUCUUCAAAAUGCACCUGGCGGGCAACAAGUGGAAGCCAGGAAGCACUCAGUGUGGCUGGGGGUCAAAUGUGUUCUGUUCCUGUUAUGACGUGGAGGACUACAGCCAGGAACCCCGCCUGUACAAUCUACGCCAGGACCCCUAUGAGGACAGCCCAAUUCCUGUUGGCAGCUCCAAAUAUAAUCAGAUUGUGGGGAUAAUGCUGCAGUUCCUAGCAGAGUGGCAAGCACGAGUGUCAUAUCCACCUUCUAUGUUCAGUAGUGUUUCUGACACAGCACUUUCUCCUUGGCUCCAGCCUUUUCGUAUUCCCUCAUAACACCCAGACUGUUCUACCAGAAGAAACAUAUUAUGUAUCUGUAAAUUAUUGUAGAUAAACACUGUACAUGUCUGGGUGCUAAUAUCAGCUUAAUUUAAGGAAUGUUCAAACAAAAAUUUUAACAAGUUUUGUGUAUUGUUUUGUUCAUGUAAUUUGUAUACACUGCCAUAUGUAGCUUUCUUAUAAAUUAUGGAUGUAGAAAAAAGCAAGUGAAAGAAUUAACUGUGGAGUGUGAAGUGUAUGGAAGCUGUAUGAAAUACCAUUAGUUCAUAAAUGGAAUAAUAUCAUAAGACACAUUGAUGCAAGUGAAAAGGUGAAAUAUAUAUAUAUAUAUAUAUAUAUAUAUAUAUAUAUAUAUAUAUAUAUAUAUAUAUAUAUAUAUAUAUAUAUUUUUUUUUUUUUUAAACUUAAGAGCUGUAUCAUGUCAUCUUGUUUGUAGUUUCUUUAGUGGAUGGAAUUAAAAACCAAUUUACUAACAAAGACUGCAAAUACUUAAGAAAACAAUCACAUCAUAUUAAUCUUUAAUCAUUUAAAUGCACAAUUUCAAUAUUUGUAAAGCCACUGAUACAUGAUUCAAAUAAUCUACCAACAAAAGCAAAUCAAUGCUAAGUCUUCAUGAGAUUGUUGAUCACUAUGCAGACAAGUGUGCUUUCUGAUGAAAAAUACUGUGUAGCAGUCACAGCACUGACUCAUGAAGACACUACAUUGUUAAGUCUUGGUCCACCUCAUACUUAAUGGUGACUCCCUAAGUGUAGCAACUUGUGUGAAAUCAUAGAGAACUUGAAAAUUUUAACUGCAUUUACACAACUUAAGUUCUUGAUGUAAAAUGUGCUGCUCAUGAUAAAAUAAAACUAAAACAUAU